AUGCAGUCCUGUACCUGGAUUUUGGUCGCGUCCCUGGCUCUGCAGCUAUGCUCCGGGCAAAACCAUACGCGGCCCCGUUCAACAAACUUGUUGCUCGAUCUGCUGAAGCGGAACAUUGAUUGGAACCGUGAUCCGUGCGACAACUUUUACCAACAUGUCUGCCCUUUAAAUGCAACCGGGCCAUUCGCCCUAGCAUAUUCGCUAUCACCAGAAAUUAUCGACUAUAUCGAAAAAUCGACGAGGCCUAGCCCAGUCGAGAUUGCUCUAAAGCGAAUGGUGGUAAAUCCGAAUGCUAAUGAAACGGAUCUUCGCGACCUGCGCGCCGCUGCGGCUUUCGUAGAGGGCCUACGUCAGCACGCAGGAAUGUUAGCAUACCUACGUCAUGAGCUAACCCCAGAGGAGCUCAAUCAGUUCUCCAACUACGCGCCGGUGGUGGAGGACCUGAUUCGCGUUACCGUAAGCCAAGUAGAGGUACGAUUCGUCAGCUCUGCAUACUUGAUAUUUACA